AAUUCGGACCGUUCCAUGAACGAACAAACAAAAUGCAUUUCUCCACACUGUUCGUUGUGCAUUUAAUUUUUCUGAUAAAAUAUCAACAGACUCGAGCCGAUAGAAGACCAUACGACGUUGAAAUCCGAUCGUUUGAGCCAAAUACUAUGGGAACAGGAAUAUUCGAACCGAAAACACUGAGAGUAAACAGAAAAGGGCGGAAUGAGUACGUUCUGACCGGGGAUUUUACAUUGAAUAUGAAUCUUGGCGAAGAUUCCAUGUUGGUGUACGAAAUCUUCAAGAAAUUAGAUGUGAACAACAAGUACAUGAGUGUACUGAAAGGCGGGGGAAACAUUUGCAAAUUUUGUGCAACAAAUACCAACUUCUAUCCGAGAUUUCAGACUUUUACCAAUUUUCCGGAUGCUAACACUUGUCCGUUUCCAAAGGGAAACUACACUAUAAAGGAUUACACAUUUGAUGACCAACUUCUACCAGCGAACGUUCCCACUGGCACUUAUGUCGUGAAAACUACAUUUUCGAAGGAUAAUCAAAAUAUUUUCGGGGUUUCGACGGAACUAUUUGUUUCCAAAGGUUAAUGACGGUAAAUCUGGGCCUAUCGAGCAUAUCAAUCAACAAUGAAGAAAAAAGCGCUUGUGGAGGGAAUGGAUUUUACUCACACUCUUUGUGUCUUGUAUCCCAAUUUUCAGUUAAUAAAAGCAUACAAAAUUGACGGUACAUUGACUAGUCUGUCACAAAC